AGGCCCCGCGGCGCGUCACGCAAGCGGCGGCGACGACCUCCCACCUCCCGCUCUCGCCCGCCGCACGCACGCACGCACGCACGCGCACUGCGCCCAGCAUGAGGGUCGCGGCUCUGAUCAGCGGUGGGAAGGACAGCUGCUAUAAUAUGAUGCAGUGCAUUGCUGCUGGGCAUCAGAUUGUUGCUUUAGCAAAUCUAAGACCAGCUGAAAACCAAGUGGGGUCUGAUGAACUGGAUAGCUACAUGUAUCAAACAGUGGGUCACCAUGCCAUUGACUUGUAUGCAGAAGCAAUGGCUCUUCCCCUCUAUCGCCGAACCAUAAGAGGAAGGAGCCUGGAUACAAGACAAGUGUACACCAAAUGUGAAGGUGAUGAGGUUGAAGAUCUCUAUGAGCUUUUGAAACUUGUUAAGGGCAUCACUAGAGUGACCUUGCUUGCUGAAUAUGAUGCUCUGAAUCUCCAGGAUUUUCACAUGCCUUUGGAAGUGGGCAGCCAGGCAAUUGUUUACAGGACUCCAAAUGAACUGUGCACUCACAGCAAGUUUGAUAAACACACAUUUCCUCCUUUUAUCAGUGAGAUUGCAGAAUGUGAAGUAUGAGUUUCCAGUUUUACUCAUUCCCCUCAACCCUUUUCCUGUUUAAAAACUUAGACAUACUAAUUGGAUGCUGAUCUGGCCCUGUUUUUCAUUCUGCUUGCUGGCAGUUGACGGCUUAGUUCAGUACUUACCUAGGCAAGAUUUGGCAAACCUUCAAAAAUAAACUUUCCAUGUAUUCAACUUAAAGGAGAUUCAUCCCAAGGAAUGUAAUGUGAGCACUAAUUAACAAUAAUGACUGCUAAUCACUUUGCUUUUUAUACUCCUUUAGGAGCACUGCUAUUAUCCAAUGUAGUUAAGUAAAAUGCUUGUAUAUGGAUCAACAAUGUUGCAUCCUUUUAGCAGCUAUUGCUCACAAGCUUUGCAUAAAUUAAAGUUGACUAAAAUUGAUUGUAAUAUUCUUCUCUUCUACAAUAAUAAACUAAAAUAUCUAGUUAAAUAUCCUGCAUAUAAAAAAGACAUUACCUGAUUUUUUUUUUUUUUUGCAGUCAUCCUGUGGUAGAUUGAAAACAAUAUUGCAAAUACAUUUUCUCACAGUUUAUGACACUUUCUCUUAGAUUUCUUCAAAAUUGCACAAAAGUAUUCAUAGUCCCAUCAGCACUUUGAUUCUGCUGUAAGCGUUUUGUCAGAUCAAUGAAAAGUAAUCAGCCUAUGUUUAAUUUUUCUGAAUUUGUUCAUUUACUUCCUAGGGGAUCUUACAGAUUCUUUAAAUGAUAUAGUCUAUUUAUAUAAACUUGGUUCAUAGGAUUAUACAUUCAACAUUAAUUAAAAAGGGUUGUUUAUUAUGUUUAGUGAAUGAUAGGACCAUUAUAAAAGCCUUCUGUUUGUUUACAUGCAUUCAACAUACCUUUGACUAGAACUGCCUUGCCUUAGGAGGAGACUAAGCAAAACCCAUAAAUUAAUAAUUUAAGGGAGCAAUACUCAAGUAGCAUUUCAGUUAAGAAGGAAAGCCUCAGAGUCAGUACUAGCCACUUUAACAAUGCUUUACUUUUUGACUUUUAUUGGCUGAAAAUAACUUGUUAAACUGGAGCUUUUGUAAUAAAAUGAAAUCUACAUACCAUCUAAAGCCCCUUCCCCUCCUUUUGAUUUAUGAGUAGAUUGAGGUAUUACUGAAGAAUUUUUAACACUUUUAACAGUUCUGCACUUUGAUUUCAGAGAAGGUGCUAAUCUCUCUGGAAUUUUGAGAGUGACAAAAUGAGUUGUAUAUGGUUUUUCCAGGGAAUUUGGGUUUCUUUAUUAGAGGCUUAGUUUUAUAAUGGUUCCUGUAUUAAUGUGGAUUUAUCUAAUAUGUGAUAGGGUGGUGUGAUUAGAUAUACAUUAAUGGAGGAUCUUUCUUUUUCAUUGUACAUAUUCUACUUGGUUUGAUCAUAAUAUUAUAAUUCUCACAGCUAAUGUCCAUGUUUCUACAGAGGUUCAGCAGUUCAAGACAUUAUUUUCAAAUUACCAAAAUGAGAUAAUUUAAUUCCCUUUUACUUUUGCAUUAUUUGUAGUGAAAAAAAUUAAGUGAUAGUAUAAUAAGAAGCUUUAUGUUGUGUGUGCUAGUCUUAUUGUAUAUAUGUAUUAAAAGAACCUUUGACACUGUACUUAAUUGGAUUUAGUUUCAAAGAAUUGUUGAUAGGAAUGAUGUAAGAGAAUAGAAAAUAUAUGGAGCUUAAUUAAGUGUUGUCCAUAUUUAAAGGUAAGAUUCACAACUAUUGUUUGAUGUAACUUAUUUAUUUUACAUCCUGUUACUGUUGUAUAAUAGUACAAUAUGAGGAAAAACUUGCUUUUUCUAUUUUGCUUUGAGUUUUUAUGUGUAAUAAAAUUAUGUUUAAAAUAGG